UCAUCGAUAUCGCCAAUCGGCUCAACACGUGCACCGCGGCUAAGCGGUUCGUUUCGUAAAUAUUAAAAAUUCCACGAUGCACAACGGCGGAGGACAUUCCGGCUGGAACAAUUCGACGCAGGACCAAAACCGCUACUUUGGAGAUGGGCACAACAAUCAUCAAAGGCGCAGCGGCGGAGGCGGCGGCGGCGGUAGAGGAAAUCAGAGCCACACUCCCCAAACGAAUGGCAGUUGGUCGGAAAGAGGGGCUGCAGGUGGACAGGGACCAAGGGGACCUGGCGGGAAUGCCUUCAACAAAUUCAGGGAUCCUCAGCAGCAGCUGAACACUCCGCAGCAGUCAAGCAGGCGAAAUGGAAGACGGAGAGGGGGAGGCGGUGGUGGUGGUGGUGGCGGUGGUGGUGGAGGCAGGGGGAGAGGUCACCGCGGUAGGGACUCGAACAAGGGCGGACGUAACAACUCCUGGCAUGGCAAAGAUCACCAUGUUAGCCCAGGUCAGAACAACAUGCUUUAUUUCGACAACGUGGGAGAGUUCACCGAGGAACCACCAAUAAAGGCUCCUUCACCUGCUCCCUCGUCUCACAGGCAGGACAGUGUGCCACCUGCCAACCCUACUGCUGCACCCUCGGCUUCUCCUGAUCCUGAGCCACCUGUUGCGCCAGAAGUGCCCGCAGUGCCGCUUAUCAAUAUCAAGAAGGAGAAGGAACUACUGAAACCCAAGCCAGAACCCACACCGGUGGUCAAACCAGAACCCAAGUCUCCAAAAAAGCAGAAGGAGAGCUCCUCCAGUUCUUCGAGCAGUUCGGAGGAGGAAUCCGAACCCGAGCCAGGCGAAAUAGUAGCCAAGACUGCAGCUGUGGCAGCCUCACUUAAAACAAAAGCCAGCAAGACUACGGUGUCUUCGCCCAAACCAAAGGCUGUCAAGCCUGUCUCGUCCUCCGACUCCUCAUCUUCUGACUCGGAUUCCGAUAAUGACGAUAAAAGUUUGCCACUGAAAAAGGGUAAACAUGCGUCAAAGGAGAUUGAAGAGGAUGUCGUCUGUAUGGGUUCGCAGGAGCGCCAGUUUACCAUCACGGAUGAAGAGGAGAGCAGCGAGAUGGAAGAUGUAGAAGAAAAAAGGGCGGGAAAAGGAAAAAACAAAAGCAAAGCCGCCGAUGCUUGUGGUAUUUGCGAUAAGAAGGGCCACACCUCCUUCCAGUGCCAGAUGAUCUGCAGAAACUGUUCCGGUCGGUAUCACGGUCUCAAGAACUGUCCGAAUCCGCCAAACCUGAACAUUGCUAUGCAGGCAUUUAUGGAAUUUGCCAUGCAGCAGAUGACCGCUUUCCAUGGCGAUCAGCGAUUUGCAUUUCCAGCUGGUACUGUCGCCUCUCCAGUUUCAGUGCCAGUACCAGUAACUCCAGCCAAGGCCAAAAAGGACAAAAAGGCGAUUAAGAAGAGCAAAAAGACGCCUCAGAAAAGGAUGAAGGUUGAACCCAAGGAUGAAGAGGAGGAUGAGGACGAAGACGAGGAUGAGGCCACCGAUGACAGCAGCGAGAGCGAGGAGUCGGAAUCCAGCGACGAGCCACAGGUAGCCAAGCAGAAGCGGAAACGCGGCGCAAAAAAUACCGCCAAAAACCUACCUCCACAAGUUUUCCCGUUUCCCCUUUUGGGCGCUGCGAGCACCCCUUACAACUCCAUGAUGUAUCCCUAUGGGGCUCCGUUCAGUUUUCCUAAAUAAUUAGUACUUAAGUUAGUUGUAGACGAUCCUUCAAGUGUUUUGCUGUACAGUAAAGAUGCUAACAAAGUGUUAAGUUGUAAAUUACAAAUAAUUUCAAAAAACAAUUGUUUGCAUGGUUUUAAAGAGAAAUAAGCCGUCUAGAUCGAAUUAUUCUUUUCAUUAAUUUAAAAAUGCAUAAAUGUAUCGAUAACAGAUAAGGCUGGUAAAGCCCUAGUUAUCGGGAUGAAUAAAGUCUCGCAGCCCUGGUUGUUUUGCCAGCUGUUGCUUCCACGCUUUUUGGUAAAAAAUUCAAUCUUGCAGUGUUUACAAGUCUAUUUCUGCCGAAAACUAAGGAAAUAAUCAAAACUCAAAUAAGAAGUUCCAACAGGUGCAACA